AUGCAUGGCACUGGGUCGAUGGUAGGGAAACCUCCAACACAUGUUACGGCUUCAUAUAGUCUGAAAGCAGGUGAUACAUACGCUGCUAGUCUGUCGCAUCUUCGGGUGUGGCGACACAGAGCAGAUGGAGGCGACAUUCUCUGUACAGAAGGCAACGCCACAGCUAUCACUUUCUUUGUUGCCUCUUCGAAUUUCGCAGACGAUGACAACAACAACAACACUAGAAUUUCUUCGUCUUCAGCUUCAUCAUCUUCACAACAUCACCAAACCACACUUGAUAUUGCUAGUAGUGGAGGAAACGACAGAUACCAUUCUCUCACCAGACUUUUAAUAGAGUAUAAUCCAAAUAUUGCUAAUGCAUAUAAUCGCCUUGUAUAUUCACUCUCAAUUAAUGAGCAAAUCAUUAUGAAUGAUGGACAUCCGAUGACAAAACAACAAAUACUAUUGAAAGCAAUAGAAUGUGAUCCAGACUUUGUAUCUCCAUAUCUUCGUCUUGAAAAGACACUGUCUGGAGAUAAAACUAUCACACUUCAAAAUGGUCAAACAAUGAAUAAUAUACAACUCUUUUAG